GUUUUUUAUAUGCGCACGUCGGUGCACGAUCAGUGUCUAUGUUUGAGUGUAUGUGUCGCAGUGUGAGUGUCGGCUCGUUCUCGCGCGCGACGCACCAUUGUUGUUUGCAGUAGACUCGCGGAGCUCGGUCGGUCGUGGUUCGUUUCACGCUCUCUGAUCGCUCAUACGACCAAACUGCCGGCGAUAAACAAAAUAAUGAGUGUACCACAUUACGUGCAUCGCGAGUGCAACAAGCGACAACAGUGUGUGAUAACGAGAAUGUAACGUGCGUGUUGUGUUAAACGAAGUGCGUUUUUAAACGUGUUUUGGAGUUCGCGGCGCGUGGACAACGCCAUGCCCGUCGUGGUUAGAUCCAAUGCAACGCAAAAUGAAACGGAGCACCUCAGCCUUAGCAUUUUAAGUUUAACCUGACAAAAGUUAUCUGUGAUCUCAUUUAGUUUAAUUAACAAAACAAUUGCCUAAUAAUUUAAGUGUAAAAAACAAUAAAGACAAUCGUCGAUUUUUUAUGGAAAUCCGGCUCGACCAAUUUUGGGCGUUUGAAUUGAGCUUAAAAAUGGCAAUUUAGUGCUUGGUCAUGGAUGACAGAUAAUAUGUGUUGUUGAAGGAUGGGAUAAUGGAAGUGUGGGCGUUAGGUUCUUGAAAAUGCCGCAUGCGCACUCGAGUUCAGCAGCGAGCUCGGGCGGCGACGACCUGGGCUCCACGGACGAGGUCAAAGUAUUUAAAGACGAGGGUGACGGAGAAGACGAGAAAAGGAGUUCAGAGAACCUGCUAGAAGAGAAGUCUAGUCUUAUCGACUGGACUGAAAGUGAGGAAAAGUCCGGCGAGCCUUAUUCCGGUAAACUAUCGGUGAAGUCGGAUUUAAGUCCUGUAUUUGGUUUUUUCUCACCAGGUAAAUUCGAGCCGCAUCCUGCAGCGAGCUUCAACAUGGGCUACCUAAUGGCGCCGUACCCUUAUCCCAAUGGCGGAGCGCAUCCAUUGCCUGUCUCUAUGACGGGUAAGAUGGGCUUAUCAGCGGGUGGUGGAUUAUCACUGUUCUGUCCCGGUGGAGAACUGGGACAGCCGCCUCCUGCACAUAUGGGUAUACCACCUCCUUAUCAGCUAGACUCCAAGUUGGCGGCAGGUCUGGCGCGGACCCCAAUGUACCCCUUCCCAGGGGGUACCUACCCUUACCCCAUGCUUAGUCCUGAGAUGUCGCAGGUCGCGGCCUCGUGGCACACUCCAAGUAUGUAUCCUAUAUCGUCGGCGGCAAGUGGCUUCCGGAGUCCGUACCCCACAUCUCUGCCAAUCACCAGUUCUAGUCUAUCAAGUGAAUUAUAUCGAUUCUCCCCAACGCUGGGCGGCGGGCUGGGACUCGGCUUGGGCCCAGCGCUCGUUCCCCCGCCCCACUCCAAGGCAGACCUCUUCACGCAUCAUUCAAGGUCACAAGAGAAAGGUUCAAGUAGCAGCAGCGCCGAGAAGGCGGCAGACAACUCAGCCAGCAACAACAAGGAACAGAACAAGAAACCUCACAUCAAGAAGCCCCUCAAUGCCUUCAUGCUCUACAUGAAGGAGAUGAGGGCGAAGGUAGUAGCCGAGUGUACCCUCAAGGAGUCCGCGGCCAUCAAUCAGAUACUGGGCAGACGGUGGCAUUCGUUGAGUCGCGAGGAGCAGGCAAAGUACUAUGAGAAAGCGAGACAAGAGAGACAGCUUCAUAUGCAGCUGUAUCCCGGGUGGAGCGCGCGGGACAACUACGGUUACGGUUCCAAAAAGAAAAAGCGGAAAAAGGACCGCGGUCCAGCAGAGCUGGGAGGAAAUAACUUGAAGAAAUGUCGAGCGAGGUACGGUCUCGAUCAACAGAACCAAUGGUGCAAACCUUGCAGGCGGAAGAAGAAGUGCGUGCGCUACAUGGAAGCCCUAGCAGCUGCCGCGGGGACCGUCACCCUUCCGAUGGUGACCCCUCAGUCUCCCUGCUCUGAAGAGGACGUCAAGCUCGAGGAGCUCUCGGACGCGUCGAGCGACGAGGCCGACACGCCCCUCAACUCGGCCUCCAGCCCUGGGGGCCUCAGCGCCCUGUCGUCGCUGGCGUCCCCCGCGUCCGACCCUCCGCCCCCGCCCCGGAACCCCGUGGGCACGAAUCCCCGGGACGCAAAUAACCCUCUGUCUGUGGGUCAGCUCACCUCCCAGUCCUGGCCGAGAGCGGCCCAGGCGAGGCCUGGCCACGAAGUGAUAUCAGUCUCAUAGUGACGGUGGAACACGUCCGGUGCCCGCCGACGCACGGACGCGACUGAACGCGGACCAGCCUGAACGUACAAAAUAUUAAACUAAUUUUGAAUUACGAAACUUAUUGUCCUCUAUAACGAUUUUAACACUUGACACUCCAUGGACGCUUUACACUGGGUUAGAAUCGUAAUGGAAUACAAUGCGAGUGCGGUGAAUAAGGUUUCAAUUGUGAAAUGGACUAUGAGUGGAUAGCAAAAUUUCAAGUACAGUACUGACAUCUAUCGUUUAUUUGUAUCAGCGUGAGAGCGCCAUCUAGGAGGCUGGUUCGGAAACAGUUCGUGUUGGUUGUGAUAAAUACAAGGUAUCAUUGAAACUUUAUAAACUGGUUCAGAGAUAACUACAGAGGUUUUAUCGGGUGCUAAUAGACACGGGUUUCUUGAUUGUUGGAAAUAUUGACGUUUUCGAUUCAUUUCGUUUCUAAUUAACUCUUAUAAGAAAAAUCACAAACCUAUUCAGUAUAUUGUUACAAUUUAGGAUCUAGUGAUUUUUAUUUGAAAUGGCCUAAUGCAUUUAUUAUUUCACGGAAUGUCCGAUAUUUCCAAUAAUCAAUGUGUUCUGUGAAAAGGAAACUAUUAAUAAAUAUUCACGUAUAUUAUAAUAACCGAAUAACUUACCAACUUAGAUCCCAAUACAGUCAUCAUUGAUCUCAAAAUUAGCCCACGAGUCAUCGCACGUCUGACCCACGCUUUGCCCGAGUCUAUCUAAUUUUCAUCGCUAGUCAUACCGUUUCGUGCCAUCGAAGUAAUAGUUUCAGAUUUAUCAUUUAGUGAAUGGUGUCUCCGUGUUCAUUGCUGGUGCCUUUAUAUCUUGUGGUUAAUCUUUCCCAAUUCCAAAUUUGAAAUUUUAUUAUUUUUUAAUGACAACAUACGUACCGAGUACGGACGAUGUUCCGCUGAGCGACAUUCGCCUCUACUGCUCUCUUAUUACGAACGUUUAUAACCUGAUAUGAUUUUCUCGACGGCCUGCACUAGAUAAGGUUCCAUGUAGCGUUAGAAUUCGAUUUUAGUUUAUAAAUUCCCUUCGUCGGGCGUGUGUAUAAAGUAAAAGUAUAAGAUGCGAGGAAGGGAUACCUGUUUUUCCGUUGUGCGGAACUCAUUAGACUGUCGUAGAUUAGAUUAGGCACGUUGUAUGAGUGGUACCACACGGGGAUGUACCGCCGACAACUUUAAAACUAAAUUAAUCCAAUAUCUGUUUUUGUGUAAUUUGUAUGAAAUGUAAACAAUAUCACAUUAUCAUUUAUUAUAUACAUAUAUAUGUAUAUGAAAUGUUCAUUUGAUAUUCCAUUGCUAAAAAUAAAAAAAUAUAUAUUUUAUUAUUAAUUUGAUAGACAUUUAAAUUUUAUACAAAUUAGUGUAAAACAGAUUAUUAUAAUAAACUAUGGUCUUCUUCAAUAUGUAAAAGAUAUAUGAAAUAAAUUUAAGAUUGCUAUCUAAUUUGUCGCUUUAUAUAGAAAAUUGUUAAAAUUGUUAUCGGUACAUCACCACCUGUAUAUGUGUAUACACAGUGUAAAUGUAUAAAGUCUAGGAUAAUCUAACUGUGUCAUAUUAGAUAAUAAGUGUAUUAUUCUACUUACAUAUACAUAUAUAUACAUUAUUGCUAUAAAAAGAUGUUUAAAUGAAAAAUAUUAGUUGAAUACUGAUACAAAUCGAAGAUUUUCAUCGUACAUAUCUGAAAAUCUUAAAUUAUUGUUUAAAAGUUCCAUCAAUAACGACCCCAGAGUGUAUCGCCGCUCGGAUGUUGUAAAUAAAUUUGUAAUUCGCUAAAUACAUAGAACUUUUUUUUUAUUAUAAAAAAAAUGAUUGCAUUUAUUAUUAUUAUUAUGAAGAUUAGUACCCUCGGAAUGUUCUCGGAUGGUUUGUUUUGUCCAACACUUCUUUUUGUUGUUUUAUUGUUAUUAUUAAGAAUUUUAACGUUGUUAAAUGCAAUUUCAAACCGUGACACAUCAAUAAUAAAUUGUGCUUUGUGAUUGAGAAAUGUAACGGAAAUUAUUCGCAAAUCGAAUUCUGAAUUAUUUUUAUUGUAUAUUGAAUAUCUGACAAGAUGACGAAUCGAUUUUUAUUAAAAAUAUGACAAGACUUCGCUCAACAAUGGCUUGAUUUUGCAUGAAAUUCGAACUUGUGCAAUACUGAAAUAAUAUGGGUACUUUAUAGUUUUCUAAAUAUUAAUUAGAUUAUCCGUAAAAUUUUGUUUUAAGGAUAUUUGAAUUUAUAUGGAAUUUGAUAUUUUGUGUUCUAAUGGAAGACGUUUUAAUUUUUUUAAUUAUUAUCGAUUUUUAAUUUUGAGUUAGUAUUUGCUUUCGUUGUUUCGAUGUUAACGAAUGCGUGCCAAAACCAUCUUAGAACCUAAAGCAGAUGCCAGGGAUAUACAAAUGGACAGUAAACUUUUUCUAUAUAUAAUCUGUGCCAAAUUUAACUAAACGCUGGUAUAAUUCAAUACCUAAUACCUCUGAAAGGUCUUUUAUGUUGAUAGAUUUUAUAGGUUGUUUUUAUUGUUAAGAUGGUAAAGACAAAGCGGCUCCUGCGAAGAGCGUUAUUAUUAUUUUUUUGUAGGAAAAAUUUGUCAAAUUAGAAAACUCAAUUAUUAGGUCUGGACCCAUGUCUUGUGUUCAGUUGAACGAAUAUUAUUUUAAUAAACAGCAUAAAAUUGUA